GAAAUGGUGAGCUGGGCAAGUGUGAGGAUGCAAGGAGACAGCAGGAAGCAGCUGUACGCCGCCGAGGAGGAGCCGGAGGUGUUCGGACACCUGCUCAAGAGACCAAUGGAGACGUUCUUCGACAACCACCACCCGGCGCUGAAAUCCCCCAUCCUGGUGUCUGGGCCCCGCCUGGCCGCCGAGGACACCUUCAGCCGCCACUUUGAGAGCAUCAUGGAGUCCCACCGAGCCAAAGGGACGUCGUACAACAGCCUGGACAGCGAGGAGCUGCUGACCUCCAGCACGCAGACCGUCCUGACCUUCGACCUGCCAACGCUGACGCCCGCCAUCCACGGCCCGGUGUGCCAGAGCGCCCGGCAGAUCGUCCAGCUCAGCUUCGCCCCGCUGGCUCACGACGAGAGGCCCAGUCUGUCCGAUUCCAUCUUCACGGUGACGGGGGACUCCGACGCCACCAGAGCUCCGUCCAGCGAGAGGCUGAGCAGCGGUUCGGACGACACGCCGCCCAGAGGACAAGAGUGCACACAGCUGGGCAGCAGCUGGUACAGCAACCCCUCGUUCUCCUUACCCAGCAGGGACAAGGCCCGUCUGGCGACGGACUCGGAGCUGGACCAGGACCUCAGCGACCGGCUGGGUCUGGGCAGCAGCGACACCCUCACCAACGGCAGCCAUCGCGCCGACGUGGCGGCUGCCAAACGCCUCGCCAAACGUCUCUUCAACCUGGACGGCUUCCGGAAGUCUGAUGUGGCGCGACAUCUCAGCAAGAAUAAUGACUUCAGCCGCAUGGUUGCAGAAGAGUACCUGAGUUUCUUCAACUUCACAGGCCUCGCUCUCGACCAAGCAUUGCGGACUUUCCUCAGGCAGUUUGCUCUGAUGGGAGAGACUCAGGAGAGGGAGAGGGUGCUGUCACACUUUUCCAGGCGCUACUUGGACUGCAACCCUAAAGUCAUGCCAUCAGAGGAUGCGGUCCACACUCUCACCUGCGCCCUAAUGCUGCUCAACACGGAUCUACACGGUCAAAACAUCGGCAAGAGGAUGUCAUGCACGCAGUUCAUCGGCAACUUGGAGGGACUGAACGAGGGCCAAGAUUUUCCCAAAGAUCUGCUCAAAGCUCUCUACAACUCGAUCAAGAAUCAGAAGCUGCAGUGGACACUAGACGAGGAAGAGCUGCGGAAGUCGUUUUCGGAGCUCGGGGACAGCCUGUGCGAGUCCAACACCUCCAGGUCGAUGAAGAGGGUGGGCAGCAGCGGGAAGCCCCUGUCGGACGAGACGGAGCCGUCGGGAACGCUGCUCUACAAGAACGGGUUCCUGGUGCGGAAGGUCCACGCCGACUCCGACGGGAAGAGAACACCGAGAGGGAAGAGAGGCUGGAAGACCUUCUAUGCCAUCCUAAAAGGGCUAAUUCUCUAUCUGCAAAAAGGCGAGUACAGGCCCGACAAGCAGCUGUCAGACGAGGAUCUGAAGAACGCCGUCUCCAUCCAUCACUCUCUGGCCAUGAAGGCGUCAGACUACAGCAAGAGACCCAACGUGUUCUACCUGCGGACGGCCGACUGGAGGGUUUAUCUCUUCCAGGCACCGAACGCGGAGCAGAUGCAGUCGUGGAUCACUCGCAUCAACACGGUGGCGGCCAUGUUCUCAGCUCCUCCCUUCCCGGCAGCCAUCGGAUCCCAGAAGAAGUUCAGCCGACCGCUGCUGCCGGGGACCAUGUCCAAACAGACCGAGGAGGAGCAGAUCAGAUCCCACGAAACAAGAUUCAGAGCUAUUUCCACCGAACUGGCCGAGCUGCGUUCGUUUCCUCCCGACCGCAAGGUCAAAGGCCGCGAGCUGGAAGAGUACCGGCAGCGAGACGAGUACCUGGACUUUGAGAAAACGCGAUACGGGACUUACGUGAUGCUGCUUCGAGCUAAAAUCCGAAGCGGCGAGGACGACCUGUCCGUGUUCGAGUCCCAGCUGCUGGAGGACAACGGUCUGCAGAGGGCUCACUCCAGCCCCACGCUGCAGGACAGCAGCCAGGCCAGCCUGGCCAGCAGCACCAGGGACGGAGGCAACAGCAGCAAAGCCAGCGGCUGCAGCAGCACCAAGCCUCGGCAGGAAGGCCAGAGACACAGCUACCGGCAGGCCGUGAAGAAGUGA